AUGCAAAGCUUCGUGAUCAAAGCCUGGAUCGAUGAGGUAGCUCAAUUCAUUGACGCCAAUCGCAAACGCAAACGCGACGAUAACGACGAAAUAGUCUAUUCUAGUCCAAUGUCGAGCCCUUCCGAACGCCCACUCACUGUUCCCGUCGAUCUCGAUACUACUCCUCGAGCACGAUUGGAUGGUCAAUCUACGCGAACGACAUCACUUAUAGAGCCAUUCAGACACCCCGAUAGCUCCCCAACCACCAAGAAAAGACGUCAAUCCCCAAGCAAGAAGCAUAAUACGACAGCUAGCUUGCUUACGCUUGAUCCACCUAUACAUGUUGUUCCGACGCUGGGACUUUCGCCAAUUCCGAUAUGUAUACGAGGGUUGUAUAGAGAGCUCUAUGCCACAACUUCGGAGUUUCUACCGCUUAAUCUCAAACGCAUCAUGACGCAGGACGAGAUGGAUAAUCUUAUCAUCCCGCCUCACAUGUGGAGGAGACAAGAGGAUGAAACAUCAUCUGACCAUCAACGGAUACAAAACGAACACCAUACAAUACUCGAUAUCCUCGAGGAGGCAGUCGAAGCAAGUCAGUUAUGCAAAGGCGAAUCGGCUUGGAACGCCCAAGUCCACUAUCCCCUUCUCAAGCUCGCCUUUUCACAAUUCCCUUUUCUACGCCCAGAGACUGUUACCAACGCGCAGAUCGUCGAAGACUUUCUCCCGCGAUCAAAUAACAUCGCGAGCUCCUCAGCUUCGUCAUCGAGCUUAUUAAGCAGCAAUGAUUCAAGUGGAUGGACAGAGUCAUCGUCAACUUCGGCGCAUAAAAUGGUUGAUUUCGCGCUGGUUCUAAUCCCCGACGCAGAAUUGCAGACGAAAAUCGAUCAUUUUCUCCGUACACAACACCACGCAACCAUCAACCAGACGACGUAUCAUGCACUCGCAAACCGGCCUGUGCCACUGUUCAUCGGGACCAAAACAACGAGUGGGAGCGGGAGUAGAAGUCAAGUACAACUCGGGAUAUGGGCUGCUUCAUGGUUCCAACGGUUACGAGCCGCGGGUUCUGCAAAAGAAGCUCUACCAAUCCCGCUUGUGCGGGUGUAUGGGCAUGUUUGGCAGGUUAUGAUCGCCAUUGACGAGAAUGACAAGGUUUUAAUGGUUGACCAGGCUGUUUGCAUUGGGGACACUGCCAGUAUCAUUGGCAUGUAUCAACUUAUGGCCGCGCUGAGAAUAAUUGGAAAGUGGGCUGAUACGGAGUUUCGAGCAUGGAUAACUGAAUUUCUGGAUAGCGUUUAG